AUGGCUAUUUAUGACCUACGACCCUGGUUGUCUACACCAGAGACAAUAACCAGCUGUCCACCUGGAUUGGAGUAUUUGUAUCAGGUAAAUCAGUUAACAGUGUGCCAAUAUUUUGAUCCUCUGGGAGUCCUCAGAAAAUUUGAAACUAGUAAAACAUAUGAAAUCUUGAACAAUCAAGGACAGAUAAUUUAUUUUGCAGAAGAGAGAAAUAAUUGCUUCCUUCGACACCUUUGUGGAUUUUCAAGGCCUUUUACUAUUACAAUUUAUGAUAAUGUAGGUAGAGAUGUACUUGCUCUGCAUAAGGCUCUGAAAUGUAGCUGCUGCUGGAGUAGAUGCUGCCUACAAAAGCUAAAAGUUGAAGCUCCACCUGGUGAAACAAUUGGGUAUGUUUAUCAAUACUUUCACCCAUUCUUGCCAAAGUUCAAAAUAAAAAAUGAGAAUAAGGAGGAGGUAAUGAAAAUUAGAGGCCCAUGGUUGGUCUUCAGCUGUCUCAGGGAUCUAAAUUUUAAUUUAUUGACUGUGGAUGAGGAAAUGGUUAUUGGAAAGAUUUCAAAACAGUACUCUGGAUUUGUCAGGGGAAUAUUAACCAAUGGUGAGAAAUUUGGGAUCCAGUUUCCAUUUGAUCUUGAUGUUAAAAUUAAAGCAUUGAUGCUUGGAGCAACUUUCCUCAUUUGGACUACAUGUAUUUUGAACUGUGGCCAUAAGAACUACCCUGAAAGAAUAUGUCAGAGGUCACUGGCAUUUAUUUUUGCCAGUCCUCCACAAAACUAAGCAACUUUCACUGAAAAUAUCUAAAUACAUUUUAUUUUACUAAA